AUGGGGAGCCUGGCGUCCGAGAGGAAGGUGGUCGGGUGGGCCGCCAGGGACGCCACCGGACACCUCUCCCCCUACUCCUACACCCUCAGGAGCACAGGCCCUGAAGAUGUGGCGGUGAAGGUGCUCUACUGUGGGAUCUGCCACACGGACAUCCACCAGGCCAAGAACCACCUCGGGGCUUCGAAGUACCCCAUGGUCCCUGGGCACGAGGUGGUCGGUGAGGUGGUGGAGGUCGGGCCCGAGGUGACCAAGUACGGCGUCGGCGACGUGGUAGGCGUCGGGGUGAUCGUCGGGUGCUGCCGCGAGUGCAGCCCCUGCAAGGCCAACGUUGAGCAGUACUGCAACAAGAAGAUCUGGUCCUACAACGACGUCUACACUGACGGCCGGCCCACGCAGGGCGGCUUCGCCUCCACCAUGAUCGUCGACCAGAAGUUUUUGGUGAAGAUCCCGGCGGGUCUGGCGCCGGAGCAAGCGGCGCCGCUGCUGUGCGCGGGCGUGACGGUGUACAGCCCGCUGAAGGCCUUUGGGCUGACGACCCCAGGCCUCCGUGGCGGCAUCCUGGGCCUGGGCGGCGUGGGCCACAUGGGCGUGAAGGUGGCGAAGGCCAUGGGCCACCACGUGACGGUGAUCAGCUCGUCGUCCAAGAAGCGCGCGGAGGCGAUGGACCACCUGGGCGCGGACGCGUACCUGGUGAGCUCGGACGCGGCGGCCAUGGCGGCGGCCGCCGACUCGCUGGACUACAUCAUCGACACGGUGCCCGUGCACCACCCGCUAGAACCCUACCUGGCGCUGCUGAAGCUGGACGGCAAGCACGUCCUGCUGGGCGUCAUCGGCGAGCCCCUCAGCUUCGUGUCGCCCAUGGUGAUGCUGGGGAGGAAGGCCAUCACGGGGAGCUUCAUCGGCAGCAUCGACGAGACCGCCGAGGUGCUCCAGUUCUGCGUCGACAAGGGGCUCACCUCCCAGAUCGAGGUGGUCAAGAUGGGGUACGUGAACGAGGCGCUGGAGCGGCUGGAGCGCAACGACGUCCGCUACCGCUUCGUCGUCGACGUCGCCGGCAGCAACGUCGAGGAGGCGGCGGCCGAUGCGCCGAGCAACUGA